GUGAACUUAGUAGGGUGCAAGCUGAAAGCAACUCUCUUCUUGUCCACUGUCCUUCAGACUUGCGCUGUCAAUUUGUGCAGUUCACUGUGCUCCACCUCUACUCUCUGGAAUUCUCAGGGAAGCCAGCUGCCCUGUCAUAAGGAGACUCAAGCAGCCCAUGGAGAGGCCCACAUGGCAAGGAACUGAGGCUUGCAAGCAACCAUGUGAAUGAACUUGGAAGCAGAUCUUCUGAAGCCUGCCAAGCAGCAUGUUGAAUGAGUUUGUCAGAAAGGGAUCUUUCUUUGAAAUCAUUUCUUUCCCAGCAAAGACUGCUUUAACUAGCAUAAUGUAUGCUUCAUAUGCAGCACUCAUUUAUUUGACAGUCUGUGUUAAUGCUGUGCUGGAGAAGGUAAUGAGAAUUUUCCAAGACGAAGAAUCCAUAAGGCAAAACAGAGAGGAGAGUGAAAAUCUUAGAAAAGCCUUUAAAGCCUUUUCUGAGCCUGUGCUUUCUGAGCCUCUGUUUCCUGAAGGUGAAGUCAAAGCAAAACCUUACAGGUCAUUACAGGAGAAGCUGGAGAAUAUUUCAGAUCGCCCCAAACUUCCUGCUAAUAAGUUGAGUAAUAAGAUCCAGGUUUUACAUUCUGUGUUUGACCAGUCAACUGAAAUGAAUGAAUGAGCAAAUCUGAACUUACAUAUCACUGAACAGAGCUUAAGAGUUAUCUAAUGACAUUUCAUCUGACAAAAUUAGGAAACUAGUUUUCAUAUUCUGAUUGCUCUGCUUUGAAAAAAAAAAACAGUCAGGGGGACUACUGCUAAAACGUCAUUCUCAAGUAUUUAUAUGGUAGAGAAAAUAAAAUGAAUCGAUGUAGUAUAUAUGACUAUGGAUAUUUUUUGAUGAACCAGAAAAUGUACCAUUUGGUGUGUUAGACUCUAUGCUAUGGUUUAUAAUAUGGGCAUGUUUAUAAUACAUUUAUGUUUUUAUUAAAGACUCAUUUAGAGUAUCUCUCCAAUUACUUAUCUGGGAGGGGAAAAAACCCUCCCUGUUAAAAUGCUACAU